AUGGCCCUCACCUUUUUCACACCCGAAUUUCUCUUCAAGUCUCGCAACGACGACGUAAAUGAAGAAAACGACAAUGAAGAAGAAGGUGAUUACGAAGGUGAUAACAACGAGGAUGAUGAUGAUGGUACGGUGUUGUAUAUGAAGAGAGAAUAUACAGAUCGGAAGAGAAAGAAGCAGAGGUCGGCGCAAUUGGGUAUCGAGCGAUUAGACCGCUCUUGCCACCAUAUGGCAUUUUCGGAUAUUUAUCGUCGAAGUUUGCUAUGGAAUCGUUGCUACAUGCUCUUGUACACGGGAACUAUCUCGGAGAGUGCUUCGCUAAACAAGAUAACGGAACUAAGGAAGACGAAAAUGUAA